GGCCGCGGAAGGGGCGUGGCCUCGACCCUGGUGUGUGGCGGUUUGCCAGCGCCAGGACGGCUUUCUCCCUGCGGUGCUGCCUGGGCGGGCCGGCGCGGGGCAGUCAUGGUCCCGCCCUGAGGGGCUGCGGCGCGGAGGGGGCGGGGCCUGGCUGGAGGGUGUCAGCCCAGCGGGGCGGGGCGGGGCCGGCUUCUGGCUCCGGCUUCCUCUGCAUGUGGCUGGCGGCCUCUGAGCAGUUGGCUGCGCGCACCGCUCGCCGUCCGUGCCUCCUCCGGGCUCCUCGCGUCACUGGAGCCAUGGCGUUCGCCGAGACCAGCCGGGCAGCAUCCUCCCUCCCCAACGGCGACUGCGGCCGCUCCCCGGCGCGGCCCGGAGGGAACCGUGUGACGGUGGUGCUCGGCGCUCAGUGGGGCGACGAAGGCAAAGGGAAGGUGGUGGAUCUGCUGGCGCAGGACGCCGACAUCGUGUGCCGCUGCCAGGGAGGAAACAAUGCUGGCCAUACAGUUGUUGUUGAUUCUGUGGAAUAUGAUUUUCACCUUUUACCAAGUGGAAUAAUUAAUCCAAAUGUUACUGCAUUGAUUGGAAAUGGUGUGGUGAUUCAUUUACCUGGACUGUUUGAGGAAGCAGACAAAAAUGUCCAAAAAGGAAAGGGUCUAGAAGGCUGGGAAAAAAGACUUGUAAUAUCUGAUAGAGCACAUAUUGUAUUUGAUUUUCAUCAAGCAGCUGAUGGCAUCCAGGAGCAACAGAGACAAGAACAAGCAGGAAAAAAUUUGGGCACCACAAAAAAGGGUAUUGGCCCAGUUUAUUCUUCCAAAGCUGCUCGGAGUGGACUCCGGAUGUGUGAUCUUGUCUCUGACUUUGAUGGCUUUUCUGAGAGGUUCAAAGUUUUGGCUAACCAGUACAAAUCAGUAUACCCCACUUUGGAAAUAGACAUUGAAGGUGAAUUACAAAAACUCAAGGCUUGCAUGGAAAGGGUUAAGCCAAUGGUGAGAGAUGGAGUUUAUUUCUUAUAUGAGGCUCUACAUGGACCACCAAAGAAAAUCUUGGUUGAAGGUGCAAAUGCAGCACUACUAGAUAUUGAUUUUGGAACAUACCCUUUUGUAACCUCUUCGAACUGUACUGUCGGGGGUGUUUGCACUGGAUUGGGUAUGCCCCCUCAAAAUGUUGGAGAAGUGUAUGGAGUUGUAAAGGCUUACACAACUCGAGUUGGCAUUGGUGCCUUUCCUACGGAACUAGAUAAUGAAAUUGGGGAAUUAUUACAGACCAGAGGUAGUGAGGUUGGUGUAACUACUGGAAGAAAAAGAAGGUGUGGCUGGCUGGACCUUGUUCUGCUUAAAUAUGCUCAUAUGAUUAAUGGAUUUACAGCAUUGGCACUUACCAAAUUGGAUAUUUUGGACAUGCUUACAGAAAUCAAAGUUGGAGUUGCUUAUAAGUUAGAUGGUGAAAUUAUACCUCAUUUCCCAGCAAACCAUGAAGUCUUAAAUAAAGUUGAAGUUCAAUAUAAGACUCUCCCAGGAUGGAACACAGACAUAUCAAAUGCAAGGACAUUUAAGGAGCUACCUAUUAAUGCUCAAAAUUAUGUUCGAUUUAUUGAAGAUGAGCUUCAAAUUCCAGUGAAAUGGAUUGGUGUAGGUAAAUCCAGAGAAUCUAUGAUUCAGCUCUUCUAAGGAUUUCCAGAGAUAAGAAGAAACACUCCUUGUGAAGGGGGAAAAGGACUUAAAUAUUUCAUUUAUCAUCUGCAAAUUUCUGGAAUAAAGACAUUGGUGUUAGUUUUGACCCCUACAGUUGUUUCCACUUUCUUCUGGGUGAUGUGGAGAUAAAGGUUUGGCAUCUUCCAGUGUCAGCUUCCUUGGCUGGCAGAAUUGCCGAACCAUUUGUUGCUCCUGCUGCUCAUGGUGCCACAUUUUCUUUUCAUGUUUAGUAUUAGUAUAAUCCAUGUUGUUUUAAAUCUAAAGUAGAGUUACUUUUGAUGUAGGAUUUUCUCAUUACUGUCAUUGUGUGGUCUUAGGUUUUCUCUCUAUUAAAUGGCAAGAAUAACUAAUGCAGUUUUGCACAAAUAUUUUUUACAUUCUGAUUAUCCAAUUGUCAUUGUAAUCUUUGCUGUUACAUAUAAAUGAUCAAAAGAGAGGGAUUCUGUAAAUUUUUGUAAUGCUAUGAAUUCUAUUCAGAGUAUGAACUGUUUCUUUUCUGCUGAGACCAUUGCAAAAUUGAGCUUUGGCUGGUGGAGGUGGGGGUGGAGUGUUAUAUUCAGGGGUCCUUUAAUUUGUACAGAAUACAAAACUUGUUUCUCUCUGUAAAUUAUUUAAUGAAUUGAGCAUUUAACUGUUCAAAAAGAAUGGGUAUUUCCCCAAAUAAUCUUAAUGUUUAAAAAUGUUAGACAUUAAAAGAUCUGUUGUAUAAUCUGUUUUCUCUUCAGAUCACAUAAAUCUUUUCACAUUUCAAGGAGAUCAUGUACUAUUUGGUGGGUAUUUUUCUUUAAUUUUAGACAUCCUGGAAAUAUAUAGCUGUCCUUUGUUAUCUCAUUUAUUGCACAACCGAGCAGAUUAAUUUUUCAACGUUGUGCCUGCCAAUAUGCCUAUGGAAUCACCUAAAAGUGUCCAAAUGAACCCAAAUCAUUACUUUGAUCAUGCCUUUAUUUCUCCUUUCUUUAGAAUAGGUGCUUUUUUUUUUUUACCAUUAGGUUUAACAUAUUGCAUAGUUUAACCUCCAAUGAACUAUUUUAAUUGUUUAAAUUAGGUGUCACUUAAAUUUAUUUUAUUAUACCAUCAAUAGCUGAUUAAAGUAUUUUUGAUUUGUUUUGUA